AUGUUAUCACCCCGCCUCUUCUCCCGGACUCUGCUCCGGCCCCGCCUGACUUUUCUCCAAGCCCGCGGCAGCCCUCGCCAGCCGGUGGUGACAAAGGGACAAAAGAAGAAUAUUCAUAAAAAGAGGGAGGCGGAAGAUGAUUUUGGUGGACCGGGUGGGCAGGAGUUGUAUCCUUGGGCUAGUGCUGUUCACCGGAAGUAUGCAACCCGCACUGCCGUCGGCGUGGCCGCCACCUGCGCCGUACUUUACACCUCCAAGAUGCUGGAGCGCAAGGGAUUCUUCAACCAGCCCGGCGAUCGGUAUGUGCUGACGCAUGAUAAUACCAAGGGAGAGUUGGGGGACGUGAUGAUGUUGAGGGUCAGAAAUGGCCAGGUUGUGUAA